CCCAACCAAACCAAACCAAACCACGCAUCAACUCAACCCAACCCAACCCCAAAUAAUAAAAAGAAAGAAAUCAAAAAGAAAGAAAGAAAAAAAAAAAAAGAACAAUGACCGCAAAAACAACCUACCGCGCCCUCCUCCGCGAACUCCCCCGCCGCAGCCUCUCAUCGCCCACGCCCCUGCAGAACCGCGUCCGAGAACUCUACGGAAAGCACAGCCAAACCCCAUCCACCACCAACACCAGCACCAGCACGCCACCCCCAAAGAAACAAGCAGAGGAAGCAGAGGAAGCAGAGGGAGCGAGGGAGCGCCGCAUCGCGGAGGCGCGGCAGUUCGCGAUGUAUGCGCGCGCGCAGCGCACGUAUGCGGAGCUGGUCGAGAGGUAUAAUCCGGGGAUGACGCUGGAGGAGGAGGAGCGGAUUCGGUUGACGGCUAGGAGGGUGGGUUGGGAUUUGCCGGUUGAGGUGAAGAAUUGAUUUUUGUUGGUUGGGAUUUGAGGUUUAUGGGAGAGGU